AGUGUUACACAGAUAAGGCUUUAUAGAUACCAAUGAAUAAUCAAAGAAUCCUCAAACCCCUUUACCAACUAACCAACCACCAAUCAAAAUCCAAGUUCACCCCUCUGCUACCAUUCAACACCAAAGGAGACAGGCAAGGCUCUCACGUGACCGCGGCUUACUUAAGCAGACGCUGCCUCUCAAAUCACGGCAUUUGCAUCAACGAUUCAGUCGUGGCGACACGAGGAAUCACCAAAAAAAUCACCAACUCUCGAAAAUCAACCACAAUGCCUGCCAACGGCGAACUGGACAACUUCUACGAGGUGCUGGAAGAGCCGGCGUCUUACAGCGACGCCGUAGCGUCAUCUAGCGACGACGAGCAAGUGGUGUGUUCGAAGAACGAAGAAACAACGAAAAAGAUAAGUCAGUAUACCGCCAAAGCUACAUUCGAAAGCAUGCCGAACAGAAGGGACCACGAGGACUUCAUCAGGAAGGCGGUGGAAAUCAUCCUGAAAGAUGCCGUUUUCGAAGGAACCAACCGCAAAAAUCCAGUUUUGAACUUCGUCAACCCAGAGGAGUUGGAAUCGCUGAUCAACUUCAAGCUAAAAUCAACUCCAGGCAGUCACGAAGAACUUCUCGGCAUCGUCAAAGACACAAUCCAGUACUCCGUGAAGACCGGCCAUCCCUACUUCGUCAACCAGUUAUUCUCUUCGUUGGACCCCUAUGGAUUAAUUGGGCAAUGGUUGACAGACUCCCUUAACCCGACAGUUUACACCUACGAAGUCUCCCCUGUUUUUACGCUUAUGGAGGAAACUGUCCUGAAGGAAAUGAGACAAAUUGUCGGUUUCAAAAAUGGCGAUGGUGAUGGUAUUUUUUGUCCCGGUGGUUCUAUGGCCAAUGGGUAUGCCAUCAGUUGUGCCAGAUACAAGUUCAUGCCAGAAAUUAAGCAAAAAGGCCUCCACGCUCUUCCCAGAUUAGUCCUAUUCACUUCCCGAGAUGCUCACUAUUCCAUCAAAAAAUUAUCCUCAUUCCUCGGCAUCGGUACUGAUAACGUUUACGCCAUCAACACAGACGAAAAAGGAAAAAUGGACAUGAAACAUUUAGAGGAAGAAGUCGAAAGAUCUAUUAAAGAAGGUGGCGCCCCCUUUAUGGUGAGCGCAACAUCAGGGACGACCGUCAUCGGUGCCUUCGAUCCUUUAGAAAAAAUCCACGAAAUCUGUCAAAAAUACGGUAUGUGGAUGCACGUGGACGCCGCGUGGGGUGGAGGGGCUUUGAUGUCGAAAAAGCACAGAUAUCUCUUGAAAGGAAUCGAAAAAGCUGAUUCAGUGACAUGGAAUCCACACAAAUUGUUAACAGCUCCACAACAAUGUUCGACAUUACUUUUAAAACAAGACGGAAUUUUAUCUGCAAUGAAUUCAGCUAAUGCGACAUAUCUUUUCCAGAAGGACAAAUUUUAUGAUACAAAAUAUGACAUUGGUGACAAACACAUUCAGUGCGGCCGCAGACCGGACGUGAUUAAAUUCUGGUUCAUGUGGAAAGCCAAGGGUACUUCCGGUUUCGAGCAGCAUAUCGACAAAGUCUUUGAAAACGCCAAGUUCUUCACCGAUACAAUCCGCGAGCGGGAAGGCUUCGAAAUGGUCAUCCCGGAACCGGAAUGCACCAACAUUUGUUUCUGGUACGUCCCCCCCUCCCUGCGAAACCGGAAAUCCGACCCGGACUACCAAGACAAAUUGCACAAGGUCGCGCCGAAGAUUAAGGAGAAAAUGAUGCGCGAAGGAACCAUGAUGGUCACCUACCAACCUCUAAGGGAAACGCCCAACUUCUUCAGGAUUGUCUUCCAAAGUUCCGGUCUCAACAAGUCGGACAUGACGUAUUUGAUCGAAGAGUUCGAGAGAUUAGGACGUGAUUUGUAAAAUUUAGUUUUAGUCGCUUCUAUCUGUAGAUAUGUAUAUUUAUUAUUAAUUAUUUAUAAAGUUAUUG